AUGAGCGGCAGCUUGCACGUGGACCGCGAGCUGCUUUGGCGGAAGCUCUUUGCCUUCGACCAUCAACCUGAGGAUGCGCUCACCGGUAUUCAAGACAGCACUGAUCAUCUGUGCGGUGUCAUCCAGACUGCCGUAGCCCAUGGGCGUCACGAGCCUUUGCGCCAGAUGCUGUUGCAGCGACUCGGAUAUUGGCUACGCUCAGAUGUGGUGCCGCCGUUUUGGAGCUUCUUUGACGCUUUACCAAUUGAAAUUGGGCGUAGCAGAGAUGUCAGACGUGGUCGUAGACAUGUUGCUCUGCUGUGCGCGCAGCAGCUUACGCUAGCGCUACAAUUCGCCGAAGACGCCUUUGCCCAUUGCGUGCAGAUCGCUAGUCUCUUCGAUGACCAUGUACAGCUUAAAGAUGGACAGCCGACUAUGUUGCAAGAGCUCAGGACCACUUUUCGCUGCCUAGUGUUUGAGGAUACGCGGACAGUUGUGAAAUUUGAAGAACUGUUGCUAAUUUUCUUCUCUAUGAGCUUCCAGAAGUUUCGGGGCAAGGAGAAGUCGCAGACUUUUGACUCCAGACCCAUCCGACAGACAUUACUACAGCUGGAAUGGCUACAUGUAGCCGAGCCGGCACUACUGAGAGUAUUACACUCGCAGAUCAAGAAGGUGGUCAAGUCGACGUGUGGAGAGGUGUACGAUGAGCUGUUUCUGACAGAAGUGGAGCAGUGGGCGUGCUCUGAAUUGCUGCCGUGGCUGGAGGAGAUCAUGCAGACUAAAGACGAAGCGUCGACAGGCAAGUGGAGAGAAAUUCUGUCCCGACAUGUGCGACAGGAGUUUGGGAGUCAACGUAUUAAGCAGCUCUUUGAGAUUAUCAAGGAGUUCCCAGACAGCGUUCCAGCUCUAGAAGACUUGAGACUGUGUCUUGAGCGCACACAGCAGCACGGUGAACUUUUGCAGGAGUUUCGAGGUGCAUUGCAGUCGAGGCUACUGCAGCCAGGAGCUAACACGUCUGCGAUUCUCGAUAUUUAUGUAUCUACUAUCAAGGCGUUCCGGCUGUUAGACCCCAAGGGUGUGUUGCUCGAAGCUUUGAGCUGCCCGGUGAAAGAGUAUCUGAGGAAACGCAAAGACACAGUGCGCUGCAUUGUCCAGAGUCUCACUGAUGAACAAAGCGGCGACUUGUUCGAGGAACUUCGUCGAGACAAUAUGCGCAUUAUCCAACAUGACGAUGACAGCGAUGACGACGAGGACAUGUCACCCGAUGCAUGGGAACCGGAUCCGAUUGAAGCCGACCCGACAAAAACAUCGCGUAGCCGAAGCAGUGAUGACAUCCUACGGAUUCUUGUCAACAUUUACGGAAGCCGCGAUUUUUUUGUGAAUGAAUAUCGGAUGAUGUUGGCGGAUAAGCUGCUGCAGAAUCUCGAAUUCGAUACAGAUCGUGACGUGCAGACGCUGGAGUUACUUAAGCUGCGCUUUGGCGAAGAUAGCUUGCAACAAUGUGAGAUCAUGGUGCGUGACAUUGAGGAUUCCAAGCGGCUCAAUGGAAACCAGUUUUGGCCGUCAUUGCAAGGUGACGACUUCGUGCUGCACCCGAAAGUGUCGAAGGAUAUUGAUGCGUUCAAAAACGCAUACCACGUAUUACGCAACCCGCGGUCUUUGGAGUGGAAUACUUCGCUUGGCUCCGUUCAGCUCUCCAUCGAGUUGGAAGGUGAAGAGCGCGAGUUUAACGUCUCACCUCUUCAAGCCACAAUGAUACUCUACUUUGAAGAGAAAGAUCGAUGGAGUGUUGAGGAGCUUGCUACGAAGCUGGAAAUCUCAGCUGAUGUACUGCUGAAGCACGUGUCUCUGUGGGUUAAUCACGGGUUAGUAUCAUUUGCAUCAGGGCGAAGAGAGCUGGUGGCUAGCGUGUCCUUCCAAGACACUCGGUGCAACGAUGACUCGAUGGUUGAAGAGCUCGAAACUGCAGUGUCAUCGGACGCACAGGCAGAAGAGGAUUUUAAGGUUCUGGAGACGUACAUCGUGGGGAUGCUCUCGAAUUUCGGGUCUCUGAGUAUUCAGCGAAUCCACAACAUGCUCUCUACAUUCGCUCGAAGUGGCGCCCAACCAUACACCAAGACGAUCUCGGGGCUUUCUGUGGUGCUCGGCAAGCUUGUCAACACAAACAAGCUCGAGUUCGUUGGCGGCCAGUAUCAAUUGGCCAAGUAGCUUGCUCCGCCUUCCCUAGUGUAAUAUCUUUCCCGACCUUCAGAAGCCAUCAGGACAGGUCUUGCGCGUGUGGCCAAUUGCAGCACACGUCAAGCAGAUCGGCUUUGGUGCUGCUUCAGUCUUCUUCCCACGCUUGGGCGAGAGUUGACCCAGCGAGUACGCUCUCGCCAGCCGCUUCUCGUACGUUAGCCCGCUGUGGCAGCCAAACUGAAGCAAGAAUAGGAGUAUUAACUAA